AUGCAAUUUCAAGCAGGCUGGACUCGUAGUGGACUGAGUUGUUACCUUCUGGUCUCAACACGUACAAGUUGGGAUGAUGCAGAAACAGACUGCGUUAGUAAAGGAGGACAUCUCGCUUCUAUCGCAUCAGUCAACGAGAACUCUGUCGUUUUAAGCUUGAGAGGAACAUCCAGCUCAGACAACAGGGACGCAUGGAUUGGUUUGCAUGAUCAAGUUGUUGAGAAUACGUUUGUAUGGGCUGACGGCACGAAUAGCACAUGCACAAACUGGGAUCCUGAAACCAAUGAGCCUAAUGACAGUGGUGAUUGUGUAAGAAUAAGAUCUGAUGGAAAAUGGAGAGAUCACGGAUGCUCAUCUUUAUAUCGGUACGUGUGUGAGUCUAAUGCCACUCUCUCUACAACACAAACUCCGACAUCUUUAUCAGCAACGACAUCAGCAAGUGCAACCACCUCGAUUGUAACAACAGUAUCUGCAGUAACUACCAAGUCUGCCACCACCGCUACAACGUCUUCUACAGCAAUGUUUCCUACAUCUCCAACCACAGCUGCAGUCACAACAGAUAGCUCUACAAGCAGCCAUCCCACCACGUUAUCGCCAAUUACAACACAAUCUCCGGCGGCAUCAACAGCACGAUCUACGUCGGUACGGACGGCUGUCGUAUUAACGACUACUGCUAAGGCCAGCAUGCAAUCGCUUAUUACUAAACAUUCUUUGUCGGAUUCCGUGUCAACGCGAUCUACGUCAGUGCCAACAACCAUUUCAUCGCCCAGCACUGAAUCAGAUGUAGCCAGCACACAACUACCUACCGAAGUUACUACGCUUGGCGUCAUUACAACGCGCAAUGCGUCAGUACCCAAAUCUGUUUCAUUAACAACGACUCCUCAAGCCAGUACACAAUUACCAAGCACAAUUUCAACGACUCCUCAAUCCAGUACACAAUUACCUAGCACAAUUUCUACGUUUGAGUCCGUUUCCGUUUUUGUACCUUUAAAGCCAACACAGCAGCAUCCUGACCAAUCUUCUUCAGACGUGAUUGUAUACUCAGGAGUGGCAGCAGGAGCCGUUGCAUUAACUUUAGUUGUUUUUCUAAUUAUAGUAGUCGGCAUACGGUUGAAUAGAAAAAGAAAAGGUUCCAUCUCGAACUGCACAACAAAUGUAGAGACGUCAGACUAUCUGCACUUGAAUCAACUGUAUGGCGGCAUUGCGGCUCGAAAUCCAAUGUUUGCAAGUGUUUCAACGAAUGCAUUUCAUCAACGUUCUGGAUCAGACAAGAUGAAUAUACUCUACGAAUCAGCAGUUGAGCUAGAAAGAAGUGCGGCACGUGAGUCAGAGAACGUCAUUUACAGCAUGUAA